AAUGAAAAUGGUGGCAAAUGCCAACUGUAACACUCUAACUGUAGCUGAUCACAUCUGAUUUUAUCAGUCAUCUGGCCAGCAUGAGCACGACGAGGCUGUGGAAAUCGUUUCCGUUACAUUAAUUUUGAUACUCAAACUCUUUUACUCUGUGACGAUGACUUUUACACUUACAAAACAUUAGACUCUUCGUUGGCACCACUGACUACAUUUCAAAACCCUGCAAUUUGCUGGGCCCUACUAUUACAUUUGACAACCUUGCAAAGAGCUGGCGGGUUCAGAAAAGUAUAGGGCAACGGGACCUAACCAAACCUGGACACAGCAGGCGAGAGUCACAACGGCCACUUACGCGAGUGACUCUUCUAUGAAGCUCCGAUUGUGUUGUGUUGCACGUUGCAUGAAGGAGAUUUCAAUUUCGCGAAGAUUCUUCAGAAUUAUUAAUCCUUUUCGUCGUCGAGUAGGUUUUAUUCGUGCUAAAUUGGACGUCUGUGGAAGUGUGCAACGGUCCAAUUCAGGCGAAAGUCUGUUCGGUUCUCAUCUCACUCUCAGCAAUUAACCAUAAUAAGUAACGAGCAAUAAUUUAAUUAACGUUUUUAAGAUAUUCAUGCAUUUAUUCUCCAACUUUCUGUGCAUUCAACUAACCUUACGUAUCACAAAAUUCCUGCACUAUCUUAAAACUGACCACGCAAAUAUUUCCUGAAAAUUAGAAUUGCUUGCAAAAAAUUUGCUUUUUGAAUCGCUAAAUUGGAGUCGGGAUGGACCAAUCCAAGGCAAUGAACGCAUCUGGAUACCCACAACUCAUUAUUUCUGAAAACAGGAGUCUUACGACGGCAUCGGACUUGGAAUCAAGGAUCACUCCGCAGGACAGCAACCUGGAGGAUGUUGAAACGGAUGAACCUAAAAUCAUCGAAUGGAUCACUCUCAGGCGAAAUAUACAUCCACCAACCGUCAAGCCAAAACUCCAGAGAUUGCACCGAGCGGAACAAGUAGAGAGGAACCCCAGAACGACAUCACGGAGGAUUUUCAAAAGAUCUGCACGCAGCAACGUAGGUACACUUUUGGAGGACAGCUCAUCAGUCAACACUCAACAAGUCUCCAUUCCAAAGAUCGCACCAGGUAUGAUUUGUGAGAAAGAGUCACAAGACAACGUCGUGGAGGUUGGUCACACAAUUAUCAUAAAGAGUGAAGUAAUCGAACCUAAAAUAGAAACGACUUUCGACUCGGAAUUUGCCAUUCAUAAAUUCCAUCCUUUAAAACAUGAAAAUGAAACUUCUUUGAGCAGUGCAGAUACUUUAACCGGACGGAUCCAAAAAGGAUCGCACUCGCGUGAUUCUGUUAUCGGUCAUUCUCUUAGGAAAAAUCUAGAAGUGGACGGUAAGGAUGAAAUGUCUAAUAAUCCCUUACAUGAAAUUCUUGAAAUUAAGAAUGAAGACGAUUGCACCGUCACGAAACAAACGCUAAGAGGCAAGAAACAGUUCAGUUGGAAUCGUUGCUCCUCCUCCUUCAUUGAGAAAGAAGAUUUAACUAGACAUAUGAGAACGUAUACCGGCCAGAAAUCAUUCAGUUGCAGUUUUAGCUCGACGUCCUUUUUCCAUAACAGUCAAUUAAAGAGGCAUGUAAAAACACAUACCGGAGAGAGGCCAUUCAGUUGCAGCCAUUGCUUGACCUCAUUCGCUCGUAAAGGCGAUUUACGGAGCCAUAUACGGACUCAUACUGCCGAGAAACCAUUCAGUUGCAGUCAUUGCGCGUCGUCCUUUUCCCGUAACAGCCAUUUAGAGAGACAUAUAAGAACUCAUACUGGAGAGAAACCAUUCAGUUGCAGCCUUUGCUUGGCCUCCUUUCGCGAAGGAAGUAAUUUAGAUAGGCAUAUAAGAUCGCAUACCGAAGAGAAACCAUUCAGUUGCAGUCUUUGCCCUUCCUCCUUCCGUGAGAAAGAGAAAUUGACUGAACACACGCGAAUGCAUACCGGAGAGAAGCCAUUCAGUUGCAGCCAUUGCUCGACCUCAUUCGCUCGUAAAGGCGAUUUACAGAGCCAUAUACGGACUCAUACUGCCGAGAAACCAUUCAGUUGCAGUCAUUGCGCGUCGUCCUUUUCCCGUAACAGCCAUUUAGAGAGACAUGUAAGAACUCAUACUGGAGAGAAACCAUUCAGUUGCAGCCUUUGCUUGGCCUCCUUUCGCGAAGGAAGUAAUUUAGAUAGGCAUAUAAGAUCGCAUACCGGAGAGAAACCAUUCAGUUGCAGUCUUUGCCCUUCCUCCUUCCGUGAGAAAGAGAAAUUGACUGAACACACGCGAAUGCAUACCGGCGAAAAACAAUUCAGAUGCAGCCAUUGCUUGACCUCCUUCGCCCGUAAAUACGAUUUACAGAACCACACACGAACUCAUACUGGCGAGAAACCAUUCACAUGCAGUCACUGCUCCACUUCUUUCACUAGAAAAUUAACUUUAAAUAAUCAUAUGCGAACGCAUAUGGGGGAGAAACCGUUCAGUUGCAGUCAUUGCUCUUCCUCCUUCACUAAAAAAGGAAGUUUAAAUGAGCAUGUACUGAAGCACACUGAAGAGACUAGUGAGACUGUUUUUCUAAAGAGUGAAGUAAUCGAACGGGACAUAGAAUAAACUUUUGACGCGGCAUUUGCCAUCAAUACGUUCCAUCUUGUAAAAUAUAAGAAUGAAACUUUUUCGAGCAAUGCACAUACUUGAACCGAAUAGCUAUCAGAAUGAUUACUGUCUAGCAAUUCUGUCAUCGGUCUUCCCUCCGGAUAAAAUUUUGAAUAAUCCGUUUCAUGAAAUUAUUGAAAUUAAGAAUGAAGACGAUUGCACCGACACAAGACAAAUGAAAAAUAGCAAGGAACCAUUCAUUUGUAGUCAUUGCUGUUCCUCCUUCAUCGAGAAAGGAUCUUUAGCCGUACCUGCGUAUGCGAACGCACACUUGCGAGAAACCUCUGUACUUCACUUCCUCCUUCAAAGAAAGAAAAUUACCAUCCAUAUGAUAUUUCAUUCUAACGAGAAACUAUUCAGUUGCAGUUUUUGCUGUUCAUCCUUCAGUAAAAUGUGCAAUUUAGGUAUGCACAAUAACGCAAACGUAUCGGCGAAACUAUUCAUCUAAUUGCGAAUAACACUUUUCCUCCUCUGCUGAAAAUUUUGACUUUAAAGAGCAUAAUCGAACCUAUCUUAGCGGGAGAUCAUUCAUUUGCAAUUGAGGCACUGGAUGCGAAAAGGGCACUCCUCGGUUGCAGUGUUGAAGAGUCUCCUUUAAUAUUUCAUUCAUUGUAAGGAAAGUGAAUGCAUCCAUUCCACCAAAAAUUUCACUGAAUAUUCCUUAUGAUUCUACAAUUUUUUAUGGAAAGAAUUCUGGUAAAAUCACCCAUAUUCUUCUCCAAUGGAUUAAUUAGAAACAGAGGCUCUGAAAUACUGCAAUCGAGAAGUGCUCUUUUCGCACCCAUUAUAGGGACACAUACAAAAGUAUAUUUCGAGGAAAUCUUCAGACGAAACUAUUGCAUGACCUGCUUCGCCUCUAGAUGUGGUUUAAGUAAGCUUUUACGUAAAUACCUUAAUUGGCGAGAAACUAUUCAGUUUCAAUUGGUCAGUUGCGCUGGUCACAUAAUUGUGUUUUAAUUAUUGCUUUUUGAAGAUUAGCUAAAAAUACUAAGAUCCGUCCAAACAGCAGCUUUCUACGUUCAAUAUUAAUCGAGAUAUCGCGCUUUGAAAAACUCGGGUUUUGACAUCAUCCACCGCAGUAGUAACACCCUUGGUUUCUUCCACCCUGGUUUUAUCCGAGUUUUCAGUCGAGCAACCAGUGUGAGAGGGGUGGUUUGCUGGUUUUUGGAUGAUGAUAAUACGAGGGCUACCUACUGACUCAUGUUAUUUUUAUAUUGCAUGAAUUGUACGAUUUAUAUAAUUCAAGAUCAUAAUGACAUAUGUAUAUAUACAAGACAUAUGAUUUAGACGAAUAUAUACAAAGUUUACACCUUGUUACAUACAGUCUCGGGCCACUUCUUAGUAGGGCCGGAUUCAGCUUUUUGCCGCCCCUGGGCAAGCUACAUUUUGCCGCCCCUGGGUCUGCAAUAUUUCGUCACCAUAUUGUCAACAGUAUCCCCCCGCCCCUUCCCCCUCCCCACACUCGCAACUUCCCACGACAUCUCAUCUUGGCCCCUCCCUCGUGCGCGUGCGCGUAGCUACUUCAAAAUGCGCCGCGAAUAUAUAAAAUAGAUGGAAUGGAGGGAUGAGGCAAAAAUAAAAUGUGGAGACAAUAAGUUGAAGCAUGAAGCUAGUGUAUCUCAAUGUAUUACUUACAAAUUACAAUGUAUUCUCGAAAGACCAGGUUAAAAAGUUUUUCUCCGGGUUUUCAGUUUAGCAAAGCUGCUAACCAGAGCAUCAACGUCUAAAUUGAUUGUCAAGUCUGCCUCGAUGUUUAAAAUUGCCGUGUUGUUUAGUUUCCCUUGGGUCAUGGACGAUCGGCAAAAACUUUUAAUUCGAUCCAAAACGGAAAAUGAGCGCUCGCCUGUACAGUUUGCCAAUGCAGUUGUAAGGAAUAUUUGGAGCGCGACGCAAAUGUUGGGGUACAGCUUUUUCAUAUUUUUAGACAAAAUUGUUUGAUAAAGAACGGGCAAAGAUUCGCAACUUUUCUGAAGCGUUUCGUUCAGAACGGCUAAAUGGCUUUUUAAAUUCAAGCAUUCCACCUCAAGUGACUCCUCAAGAUCUGCUGGGUAGACUUGGCAGAGUGCAUAUGCUGAUUCGCGAAUUUUUUCAGCGUUGUUUAGGCCGCUAAACAAUCGAAAGGUAAAAUCGAUAUUGGGGGCCUAAAUUCCGAUACAAAUAAAUUGAGUGGACUGUAUAUUUGGGGCCUAAGAAUUUGAACUUAGG